AUGGACUCGUUAUCUGGCACGCACUUGACCCUGUGCACUUGGCUUGUUUGCUCUUUGCAUCUUUGUGCCAUUACCAGAGCGGAGGUGACUUGCGCCUUGUGCCCAGUACCAGCGCUGGUGAAAAUUGGGGAUGUCCAAAAGAAUGCACGCACCAUCACUCCCACGGCGGCUGGGAAAUCACUUGUCGAUUUCUCAGGCACGAGAGCGCAACCGGUUCUGGAAGGAGUUCAUGAGUUGGGAAAAGACGCGAGCGCGAGCCGUGCGCCAAACUCGAAAGAAGUGCAAGUAACGGCGCGCGCACCCGAAACGGGCUCCGGUGCACGAACACCGCCCGAGCAAACUGCAAGCGAACGUCGGGAAUUUGAGAAAGUCGGUAAUAAACCCAGUGCGUUCCUGAGACGCAAAAGGAGCGCGGCGCAACUGGAGGAAUUUGGCGCACACGCGCGGAGCGGAGACUCCGCAGAGUCCUCGGAUGCGCUGCUGUUUGUGGAUGGACAGAAACUGCGACGCAACCGCGACGAGGCAAAAGUGGCCACUUCCAGAUCGGAAGAACUCAAAGUGAGCAGUAGCACUUUCGCCCUGGCUGGAGACUCCGCUCACAACCACGCAGUCGUUUACUGGACCGGACAAAACAGCAGCGUGAUUCUGAUCCUGACCAAGCUUUAUGACUUCCACUUGGGAAGUGUCACUGAAAGCUCCCUGUGGAGAUCGACAGACUAUGGCACCACCUAUGAAAGACUGAAUGACAAAGUGGGAGUGAAGACAGUCCUGAGUUACCUGUACGUCUGUCCCACUAACCAAAGGAAGGUAAUGGUGUUGACAGAUCCGGAGUUUGAAAGCAGUGUCCUCAUCAGCUCUGACGAAGGGGCCAGUUACCAGAAAUAUCGUCUCAGUUUCUAUGUCUUGAGUCUGCUUUUCCACCCUUCACAAGAGGACUGGGCUCUGGCCUAUAGCCAUGAUCAGAAGUUGUACAGCUCGUUUGACUUUGGACGGAAGUGGCAUCUCGUUCACGAGCGAGUGACCCCCAACCGCUUCUACUGGUCUGUAAGUGGUCUGGAUAAGGAAGCUGAUCUCGUGCACAUGGAGGCGUACACUUCUGAUGGACAUUGUCAGUAUAUGACGUGCAGGGCCCAAGCUUGUUAUGAAUCAAGCAGGACCCUCCCCUUCCCUGGCUACAUCGAGCCGAACUCGCUGGUGGUUCAGGAUGACUACAUCGUCAUUCAGGUCACUGUGUCUGGGAGAGCUGCUUAUUAUGUGUCUUACCAAAGGGGACCUUUUGCACGCAUCAAAAUACCUAAAUACUCCCUUCCAAAAGAUAUGCACAUCCUGAGCACAGAUCAAGGUCAGGUUUUCGCAGCUGUGCAAGAGUGGAACCAGAACGACACGUACAACCUGUACAUCUCAGAUCCGCAUGGUGUUUAUUUCACUCUGGCUUUGGAAAAUGUCAAGACCACCCGAGGCCUUGGGGGCAACAGUAUGAUAGACCUGUAUGAGGUAUCAGGAAUCAAAGGCAUGCUGAUCGCUAAUCGAAAAGUGGAGAACCAGGUGAAGACAUACAUCACUUACAACAAGGGCCGGGACUGGAGGCUGCUGCAGGCGCCCACUACGGACCUGGAAGGGAACGAGAUUUACUGCGUGCAGCCAUUUUGUUCGCUACAUCUACAGCUGCAAAUGUCAGAAAACCCUUACGUCUCUGGAAGUAUUACUACCAAGAACUCGGUGCCAGGAGUAAUCAUCGCUAUAGGCAAUAUGGGCUCUGAGCUCUCCUACAAUAAUGUAGGAAUGUUCAUAUCAUCAGAUGCUGGCAAUACCUGGAGACAGAUAUUUGAUGAGGAGCACAAUGUCUGGUUCCUGGAUAAAGCUGGGGCUUUACUUGCAGUCAAGCAGCCCACAGUUCCCACAAGGCAUUUCUGGAUCAGCUUUGAUGAAGGGAGACAGUGGACACAUCAUAGUUUCUCAGCCUUGCCUCUUUUUGUGGAUGGUGUUCUGGUCGAGCCAGGCAUGGAGAAUCAGAUCCUGACGUUUUUUGGACACUUCAGUGAUCGUUCUGAGUGGCAGCUGAUCAAAAUCGACUACAAGUCCCUGUUUACCAAGCACUGUUCUGAAGGAGACUACCAAACAUGGCACUUACACAAUCAGGGUGAACCGUGCGUUAUGGGCCAAAAGCAGAUCUUCAUUAAGCGCCGCCCUGGCAGCUACUGCAUGAUGGGAAAGGACACCAGAAUCCUAUCAGCUGAGCCUUGUAUUUGUAGAGCACAUGAUUUUGAGUGUGAUUAUGGCUAUGAGCGGAGAGGAGAUGGUAACUGUCUGCCUGCAUUCUGGUUCAACCCUGCCACUGUGUCACAGCGCUGCAGUCAAGGGCAGAACUACUUCAACAGCACAGGUUAUCGUAAAGUAGCAGCAAACAACUGCACCAAAGGAGUGAAGGAGAUGUACACAGCCAGGAAACAGCAGUGCCCUAAUCGACCUCCUCGAGGACUGCUCCUGGCAACCCGUGACACCACCCUCAGAGCAAACAUGGGCUCCAACGUCACCUUUAUAGUCCAGCUGGAAGAGGGAGACUCCAUGAGGACGAAUAUCCAAUUGGACUUCGGGGAUGGGACGGCAGUGUCCUAUUCAAACCUCAGCUGGACGGAGGAGGGUAUCAAACAUGUGUACCAUAGCACAGGAAUCUUCCGGGUUACUGCCAUUGCCGAGAACAGCUUGGGAUCUGACUCCAGUGCCCUGUACCUGCAUGUGACUUGUCCUGUUGAGCAUGUCCAGUUGCUGGCUCCGUUUGUGGUCAUUAAGAACAAGGAGGUGAACUUGACUGCAGUGGUCUGGCCCUCUCACUCUCGAGCUCUCACCUACUUCUGGUGGCUGGGGAAUAACACAGAGCCAAUGAUCACUCUUGAGGGCAGUAUAUCCUACGUGUUUCCUGUGGAGGGGACAUACAUGGUAACGGUGCAGGUCUCAUCAUCCAACUCUAUUCUUCAAGACACCAAACAAAUUGUUGUGCAAGAAUUCUUUAAAUCCCUGCUUUUAUCUUUUUCUCCGAAUCUGGAUGAGGCCAACCCUGACAUCCCGGAGUGGAGACACGAUGUAGGCAGAAUAAUUAAAAAGGCUGUGCUCCAAAUAGCCAAUAUUCCUGCUGAGCAGCUCCUGGUGGCGGUUUUCCCUGGACUUCCAACAGCUGCUGAACUUUUUUUGCUUCCCAGCAAGAACCAGACAGAUGGCAGGAAAGGGAGUGAGGAGGAUCUGGAGCAGAUCUCAGAAAUCCUCGCCAAUGCAUUGAACCAGAAUCUGGUAGAAUUUGAGCUGAAACCAGGAUCUGGAGUUAUUGUUUACAUCACACAGCUAACAUUAGCUCCACUGGUGGACUCGAUCCCUAGACAUAGCAGUUCUGCCAUGCUGAUGCUCCUCUCUGUGGUGUUCUUGGGUUUAGCUGUCUUCCUCAUUUACAAAUUCAAGAGAAAAAUUCCCUGGAUUAAUAUAUACGCUGAGGUGAACCAAGAGAAAGAGCAGGAGAUGAUCGGCACAGUGGGUCAGAACGACACAACACCCAAAAUUAAGCUCAGCGAGUUCUCCAGCCCUAAAGAACUUAUGGAGAAGGAUUUGGAAGUCCGUGUUAAACGUGGAAUGAUCAAUGCCUGCGAAAGCACAAGAGAAAUUCCCAACUGUACAAGUGUCUGA